CGCCAUCCGUGAGGUCUUGUUUUGUUUUGUUGACAACUGAUUUCACUUCCGACUUCUGAAGUUCUGAGUGCAAACUGCGUUUUUAAAUUAAUAUAACUCCAACGCCCACGUUAUAAGUUUGGAUAUUUUCGCCAUAUUAACUCAUUAUUGUAAGGUCUCAACAUGUCGAGCACAUCACAGAAACAUCGUAACUUUGUUACAGAGCCUAUGGGUCAAAAACCUGUCACGGAUCUAGCCGGAGUAGGUGAAGUUCUUGGAAAAAAAUUAGAAAGUCAAGGAUUCGACAAGGCAUACGUUGUCCUUGGUCAGUUCCUAGUUUUGAAGAAGAACAAAGAUUUAUUUCAAGACUGGAUGAAGGAUGUCUGUGGAGCCAACGUUAAACAGUCCAGCGACUGCCACCAGUGUCUUGCAGAUUGGUGUGAUGAAUUCCUGUAAUCGGUCGGUUCCCUGUUUUCAAAAUUUUAUUUAUUUACCUGUUACAUUUUUCAACACUCCCUCUCUUCCAGCCUUUUAAUGCCUUCAGUUCCAAUGUAAAUAGGAGUAAUUACCCUGAUCAUACCUUAUCCGGAGUGAACCCAUAACAUUUGAUUCAUCAUGAUUCUCUCUGUUCGUACAGUCCCAAGGUGAUCACCGUUCAUCUCAAGCAAUGACUAAUUGAAUUGGAACAUGCGAAAAUCGCGAAUGUCCAUUUUUCCAGUCUCAAGUUUUUGAGAUCUUAAUGCUUUUAAAGAGUUGAUACAACCAUUAAAGUGAUGAAAGGACUCGUCUUGGGAUUAAGGAAAUUCCAAGAUGAGUUUUAAUGCUACUUUCAAGGUUGCAACCAACUCCGAAAAGUAUUAUGAACUCAUAAACACUUAAGACUGGAAAAAUGGAUGUUAGCGGUUUUCGCAUGUCCCGAUUCUAAUAUAGUGGGAAUUCUAACAUUCUCCUUACUAUUGUUUGGCUCUGUUUAGCGUGAACCGGAGUCACCUUGGUGGGAUUGUGGUACAUUGUGAUUUGCUUAUAGUUCUUUGUCUUCGGAGUAGAUUUCAGAUAGGGCUCAAGAGUUCUUCUGUUGGGGGCAAGCGCUUUAGAAAUCAUUAAAACGGAAAGAGAAAAUUUAUGAGUUUGAAUUUCUCAUCUAGCAUUAGGUUUUCCAGGUUCAUUAAACUCAGUGCUCUGUCAUGAUUUUCAUCCAAUAGUUCGUCUGUUAUGCUCAGUAUUUGAUCAACUGAUUAAAGACAAUCACUGUCUUAUUUAUAUUUUAUCUAGGCACCGAACUUGAAAUAGAAUUUUCCUUCAUUUUGAUCUUGUUCGAUAGAAUUAUAUUUUGCCUUUUGAAAUUAUUCCCCUUUGCAAAUUACAGAUCUAGUCUCAGUUGUAAGUGAAAUAAUAGAUGAUACCUAAUUAGAGGAACACAAAGUCAGUUGGGGUUUUCAUGCGCCUUUUUUGUUCCGCGCUCCUUACUAUGCCAGUACUGUGAUGUUUUGUCUGCAUGGAUCAUCUAAAUUAUAUUGAUUUCAAAUGACCAUCGCUGAAUUCAACUAGAGUCUCACAGAUAUUUCAAAAAAUGCCUUUUAAAGCAGAAUCAUUGUCUCUCCGAUAAAUGUGACCUUUUGAUUAUUUAAGCAGAGAUUGUAACAUGAUAUCAAAUAGCUUUCCUACUAAAGUUACGGGUUAUAAUUUUAGUCUCAGUAUUUUGAGCCCAUCAACAAAUUUGAAACAAUUUUAUCUUACGCUCAUAACUUUGAAAAUACUUUGAUAAAUAGAGACCAUGUAUGAAAUCGUUAUUUUUUCUGGGACAUCACUAUAAACUUCUACAAGAAGAAAGGUAGUCCAAAGAAAAGUAAAAGUAAAGGUGAUGGGAAACUUCUGUAGUUCAUUUGUCAAACUAAAGGUCUCUUUUAAGCAUGAGCUGUCUUGAAGAAUAUUCGUACUCUUGAUAGUCAUUUUUCAAAUUUUAUUCGUUCCGACUAAAUGUUUGCUCUUAUUACUUACUUUUUGUUUGGUACAUGUUUCGAGCAUUCUAUGCAUUAUCUCUUUUAAGAAAGUGUUUUUUUAAUGUUUGAUCAAAAUUUCAUUAAGAGUUAAAAUAUCUUGUACAUGCCAUUCCUCACAACUUGAGAAUUUGUGUGUUUUAAAGUGAAGAUGUUAGGAUUGAUGAGGAAGUAAGCACAAGGAACUAAUGUAGAAGUAAGCUUUUUUACGUUAUUUUUAACAAAAGAUGUUACUAUUUUUUGUACAUGUUUCUCCUGGAAGCUAAUAAACUGUUUUCAGGAAGCACUUAAA